GAGCGGGCAUGCAAAGCUGGUCUUGCCCUGUCUGCUCUCGGAAGUGGUGGUAGCAUCAUCAAUCCUUAGCGAACACAACCUGGAUAAGGACUAGACCUCGCCGGCAACGGCACCGGGAACAGCCGCAUCUUCAUCGUCUGGAACGAUAACCCACCAUCAUGGAACAAGUACAGUUCGCCGCGCGCGAGCAGCCGCGUCAGGAGAUGCAGCAGAAGGCGCGGAGCCGAGAUGUCUUCUUCUCGGCUGCAAAGGUGAAGCACAGACCGUACUCGGUAUACACCGAGUUCAUGGAGUCGGAUACCGAAAUCGAGCACGGCGACGACCAGGAAGACGACUCGGAGGUGUACAGCGAAUUUGGGGAUCUGGAGGGAAUUGAGGACGGCGACUACUCUCCCCGCGUGAGCAUCGGCUCGUCCGGCCAGCCCAGCUUAACGACCCUCUCGACGUACGACGAGGUCCAGACCCCGAGGUCGCUGCGGCACCGCCCCUUUCCGUUCGAGCAUGACGCGAAGCAGCAGGUGGAGGGGCCUAGGGGCCCGCAUCUGUUCCGCAGCUCCAUGUCGUCGGCGCAAUCGAUCGAGCUACAGCAUGCGCUCACUCUCUCGCCAAUCACGCCAGAGGAACCGAAAUUGAUGGAUUUCCAUUUGCAGGACGUCCAUCUUACUCCCCUGCCGAAGAAGAAGCGCGACACGGGCCCCUUUCAGUUCACCGACGAGGAGCUGGACACGGCGACACUGACAAGUUGGACCCCGGAAAUGGUGGCUCAGCAGAUGCUCAAUGCUGGCAUUGAGCUCAGCGCGGCAGAAAGGUUCGUGGAAAACGACAUCAACGGCGCGAUUUUGGUUACGUUGAAGUUUGAGGAUCUGAAGGAGCUCGGUAUUACUUCGUUCGGCGUGAGAACUGCCAUCUGGGAAGAGAUCCACAAGAUGAGGAACCUCAAGAAGCCCGAGCCGAGGCCCGAGACGCCCAUCGAGGACGAGCCGGACAAGGCAGUGAAGCGCGAGCUGCGGAGGAAGGAGAGCAGCACUGGCAGUCGGAAGCAGAAGCCGCGGAUGAAGGUCAACGACGUUAUUACCCCGCUCGAGUCGGUUUCGAUCGUGGGCAUCGAGCAGGUCCUGCCGAAGCCUCACCACUGCUCCAAGGGGGAGAAUUGCCCCAAGUGGAAGCGGAACCAGCGGUUGAUGGAGGCCUUCAAAAAGGACCACCCCUUCAUCCACGACAAUGGCAUCAUCAUGAUCGCCGGCGACCCGGGAAACCCGGAGACAGCCGAGGCCAUUAUCUCGAGCGACGACUCACUCCGGCCCGUGUCAGACGCUGUGCCCUCCGUGGUGGCUUCGUCGGACGUCAUGGGCCCAGGGAGCCUUCCACCGCUUCAGUAUCUCCAAGAGGCGACGCUGCGCAACAUCCAAGCUAGGGACCCUCAGGAAAAUGUCCGGCAGUUCCUCGACUUCCAGCGGCCGCACCUCAAUGCCUCCAGCGAGGUGCCUCCCACUCCUCCGUUUGAGAUCUUCCCGCAGGGAAACCAGCAAGCGCCGCACGCUGGUCUCCGGAGCCUUCCGAAGCUUACUAUCCCUUCACAGCCGGCGGCUUCUCCUCCUCGGCGAGAGCCGCAGUCGACGCAAGCGAGGUCCGCUCGUCCUGUCUCAAAGGUCAUCCCCUCAUUCCGGGAACUAAGCCCAUCGUCCGAUGAGGCAACCCCGACUGCGCCGUACCGGUUCGGCACUCCCUUCUCGGAGAUGGAUGUGCCGGUCACAGUGACGGAGGUCCCCGAAGUCUCGCGAGAUAUCUCGCAGUCUGUACCGCCAGACAUGAACUACCGCCACAACCCCGCUCCUCCGCGCUCCAUGUCUCGCAACGCCAUCCGGAGGCCUUCUUUCCCCGUCAUGCCGGCUCUGGAUGAGAACUCAAUCAUGACGCCAGUGAACCAAGCGCCAAACCCCUCGUUCUCGCAGCGAGUCGGACAGCGGCCCCUGCAAGCGCCACCACGAGUCCAGUAUUCCUGGUCCCAGACCGAGCGCCCGACCCUCGAGAAGGCCGUGCCGCCGGCAUCCGAAGCACCUACUGCGGUCAGCACCAGCGCCGCUGGCGGGGUGAAAACGGUCAACAUCGGCGGGCGGCUCUCGCCCAUCAGCGAUAAGCCGCAAGUCGACAUGACGGGCGGCAAUGCCAUCUCGUACCAGGGCCUGAUGCGCAAGCGCAAGACCAAGAUGCUGCGACACGAGUGGCACGAGUACUUCUUCACGCUCCGUGGCACUCGGCUGACCAUGCACAAGGAUGCCGCGGCGGCCGCGUCCAUGAACAAGACGCUUGAGUACAUCGACAUCGACGACUACGCCAUCGCGUGCAGCGGCGUGGCUAGCGGAUCCAAGCUCAACGCCGCCUUCAAAGCUAUGCACAUCCGCCGCGGGUCGGACGACGCCAAGGGCAAGGACGACGUGGGCGCGUUCAGCUUCCAGCUGAUCCCGCAGGACUCCAAGGGAGGCGUGAAGCUGCGCAAGCGCGAGAGCGCCAUGCCAGGCGCUCUGUCCGGCGGCGGGAGCAAUGCGAGCUCGACCAGCUUGCCGCCGGCGAUCGAGGGCGCCGUCAACGGCACGGGCAAGACGCAUCACUUUGCCGUCAAGACCCGCGACGAGAGGAUCGAUUGGAUGCGCGAGCUGAUGCUGGCGCGGGCGAGGAAGCAGAAAGGGGAAGGAUUUGAGGUGAGCGUGAACGGAAAUAUGAUUUGAGCGGUGGUCGUGUUUUGCUGCGCUCUGUCCCCAUAUGGGGUUGUACUGACAUGACAUGCUUUGCUUUCCGCUUUCCGCUUGUACUCCCACCCCCGUUCUUUGGAUUCUGUUUUCUUUGUCUUGUCCCCCUUUCCCUAUGGAUUCCCCCUUUCGUUGUUAGCGCAUGAUACCUGGACUGCUUUUUUUCAUGUUCGUGCUUCUCAUUUCCAGUUUCUCUUUCAUCCUGGUUACUUGAAGCUCCUUUUCGAUAUCCUGCAUGCCGUGGCGUGUCUCG